AGUCGUUCUACCCUAUGUCAUUCUUUAAAACAUUGCAAACAUCAGAAAUAUCGCAAUAUGUGGUCAAGAAGAAGAUAAAUUCCGGCUCAUUCGCUACUGUUUACCUAGCGGUAAGGAAAUGCAGGCUAUAUGCAAUAAAGAAACCAUACAAGCAGAUAUCUACCAGUUCAGAUGAAACGAGGAAAAGCCUGGAAAAUGAGAUCAACAUGCUCAAGGAGCUAAAACACCCGAAUAUUGUCAAACUGCAUGAUGUAGCGAUCGGUAAAGACUCACAAAUUUAUCUUGUCCUAGAGUACGCGCCAUACGAUCUGGCAAGCAUGGUGAGAGACAGGAAAAAUCAAACGAAAAUGGAACAUAAGAACUGGUUGUUGCAAAUAUCCAGUGCGCUUUCGUACAUGCACUCCAAGAAAAUAUUACACGGUGAUCUAAAGGUUUCCAAUAUUCUUUACAUUGACAAUGCAGUAAAAAUUGCGGAUUUUGGUGUUUCGAGAUAUAUCUCUAAGCAGAUGAUCAGCACUGCAACCACGCUAUGGUAUCGAGCGCCAGAAUUAUUGCUCGACAAGAAGAGCUAUGGUGCAGAAAUUGAUAUUUGGAGCUUGGGAUGCAUAGCAUAUGAACUUAUUUGCGACACGCUAUUGUUUAGCGAGAAUACAGAGAUUCAAAUGCUGGAUAAGAUAUUCUCAACAUUCGGAUUUCCGUCCACAUUAAUUGCGCCUAAUUUACUCUAUUUAAAACGAAUGGACCAUCAUAAUUACGAAUUUAGCAAUAUAUUGAGGAAAAAGUGUCUCGAUGAGCAGCAAAUUCAAUUUUUGGAGCAAUUUUUUGUUUAUGAGGCUGAAGGAAGGAUAACAGCAGAAAAGUUGCUCAGAAAUGAAUACCUCAAUACAUGAUAACCGCAAAAAUUACCGCUCUGGUUCGUUUUUGGACCACAGCCAUUCUGUUCAAUGAAACAUUUUGGACAUUUCGUACCAUCAUUUGAUUAGAAUUAACUAUUAAACUGUACUAAUUAUCACAUAAGGUGAUCAUCUUCACCAUGGAAUUGAUGACUCCGUCCUGUUAACACCAAUUUAAAUAGCAGAUAUUUUUCGCACUACUAAAUAGAGACAAUACAGUCACAUAAUUGUAAUUUUGCUCGUAAAUUAAAAGUUUUUGAUGGUGUU